UCCCACAGAAAGUCACUGUGUUAACUCUUCAAUUACUGUGAUUUGAAUUGGGUUUUCAUGUAAUAAUUAAGAUGUCCUUUCUUAUCUGUUUCUGUCUUCUUCCUCUUUCUUAAUUCUUAAUCCUUCUCUACUUUUUCGACAGCUAGAUUUUCUCUUUAUUGUUCCUCUUCACUCUUCAGCUAAUUUUGGGACUUUUACGAUACGAUGCCUUUUCCUCGUUUUCAGAUUUUUGGGGUUUUUUUCCAGGUUUGUCCAUUCUUGCCAGGAAAGGUUUGAAAUUGGUGGGUUUUGCUUUGACACAUCAAAUUGAUGCGUUCCUUCAAAAUUAACACGUUUGGUUUCUUCCACUUCCAAAUUUUAGAAUUUGUGAUUUUAGGCAGUGACAAACCGGGGACCUGAGACUUCAGAAACUGCUGAUUAUCGGGUCUCACCAUCUGACAUUCCACUCAUAGAACCUAGUAGUAAAGAGCACAGGAUGAGAGAGGCACAGCUAGGCGCUCACACUGUGAGGUCCCAUGGAAUGACCCUUGCAAGGACUCACAUGCAUGAUUGGAUCAUACUCGUGUUACUUGUUAUUCUCGAGUGCGUACUACUUAUAAUCCAUCCAUUUUAUCGCUUUGUCGGAAAAGAUAUGAUGACUGAUCUCAGUUACCCUUUAAAGAGCAACACAGUACCGAUUUGGACAGUCCCGGUCUAUGCGAUGCUGUUGCCAUUGGUAAUCUUCAUCGUUAUCUACUUCCGUAGAAGAGAUGUAUACGAUCUUCAUCAUGCGGUGCUAGGUCUCUUAUACUCUGUUCUGGUAACAGCAGUACUUACCGAUGCAAUAAAGAACGCAGUUGGUCGACCACGCCCUGACUUCUUCUGGCGUUGUUUCCCCGAUGGCAAAGCUCUUUACGAUAGACUGGGAGAUGUUAUAUGCCAUGGUGAUAAAUACGUCAUAAGGGAAGGGCACAAAAGCUUCCCAAGCGGACACACCUCAUGGUCUUUUGCAGGUCUGGGAUUUCUGUCGCUCUACUUAUCGGGAAAGAUUCAAGCUUUUGACGGUAAAGGCCACGUUGCAAAGCUAUGCAUUGUGAUACUCCCGUUGCUAUUCGCAGCCCUUGUCGGCAUUUCCCGUGUAGAUGACUAUUGGCAUCACUGGCAAGACGUCUUUGCAGGAGGCUUGCUAGGUCUCGUGAUCUCUACGUUUUGUUAUCUUCAAUUCUUUCCGCCACCAUAUCACACCGAAGGUUGGGGACCAUAUGCUUACUUCCAAGUGUUGGAGGCCGCACGAGCGGUAGCAGCCGAGAAUGGAGAAGCGGCGCAGCGACCGCCACAGGGUGGUGAAAACGGUGAAGAGGAAGACGGCGGCUUUAUGGGUUUACAUUUGGUGGAUAAUCCGAGUAUGAGGAGAGAAGAAGAUGUAGAAACUGGCAGAGGCUGAGAGGAAGAUACUCUGAAGCUGCUUUGGUUGCUUGCUUCUUUUAUGACACACCUUCUCUUCUUCUUUUUUUUAGAAACUUAGACAACUUUAGUAGAUUUCUGUCGUUUUCAUUAACCGUUUAAGGAAUCCGGUAUGGGUAUUGAUUAAGGUUAAUUUCUUUAAAUUGGUUCAGUUCGGAUCAAUCCAACCACAAGUUCAGAUACCAAAAUUUGUUUAGUUAAAUACAAAGACAUAAUCAUUUUUGUUCA